AUGGAAAAACAUGAGGAGCAUUUACACGAGAUUCUUGGGGUUCUGAGAAUGGAGAGGCUAUAUGCCAAGUUCUCCAAGUGUGAGUUUUGGUUGCGUGACGUUCAGUUUCUUAGACACCUCGUUAAUCAAAACGGUAUCUUGGUUGAACCAGCCAAGAUAGAGGCGGUUAUGCAAUGGGAGGUUCCAAAGUCUCCAUCUAAGAUCCGGAGUUUCCUCGAUUUGGAGGGAUAUUAUCGAAGAUUCAUUCGAGAAUUCUCCAAGACUGCGGUUCUUCUCACUAAGUUGAUGAGGAAUGAUGUUAUAUUCAGAUGGGGACUUGUGAAGCAGGCAUCGUUUGAGACUCUUUGGCAGAGACUUUGUGAGGCGCCGAUAGGACAUGUGAUUGCAUAUGAUUUGAGGCAGCUAAAGUCUCAUGAGAUGAAGUAUCCCACUCAUGAUCUCGAGUUGGGGAUGGUGGUUUUUGCCUUCAAGAUUUGA